AUGAUCAAUGCUGCCACUUUGACAUCAUUUUCUUUAUCAGGAUUAAAUGGCACAACAACAAAGUACAGAGGCACUCUUUUCUUUCUCACCUUAUCGUGUUACAGUGUGAUAUUGCUUAUAAAUGGUGCUAUUAUUGUUCUUAUCAUAUUGGAAGAAAAACUUCAUGAACCCAUGUACAUCUUUCUAGGUAAUUUGUGCAUUAAUAGUCUUUAUGGGACAAUUGCCUUUUAUCCCAAAUUCCUUUUUGAUCUAUUGUCUAACACUCAUGCCAUAUCUUAUACUGGUUGCCUGUUGCAGGUCUUUGUUAUAUAUUCCUAUGCAGCAACUGAAUUUUCUAUUCUAGCCCUGAUGGCCUAUGACCGAUAUGUGGCUAUAUGUCGACCACUGGAGUAUCACUCUGUUAUGACUAAACAUAGGGCUGUUUUGUUGGUGUGUUUCUCCAGAAUUGUACCUUUGCUCUGUCAGACUAUAGUAAUGAUAAUGACAUCCAAAGUGGAACUAUGUGGCUCCCACAUAGAAAAACUUUAUUGUGACAACUGGUCAAUCCUUAAACUUUCCUGCAAUUCAAUAACAACAAAUAAUAUGGUUGGGUUUAUCGUCAUACUUUUCUAUUUCGGGCAUGACCUUUUCAUUGUGUGUUCAUAUGUGCAGUUGGUAAAAUCUGCUUUAAAGUCAAGAGAGGACAGGAGGAAAUUUAUGCAGACAUGUGUGCCACAUUUACUAUGUUUGCUUAUUGUCACUGUUGCUCUGCUUUUUGACCUCAUGUACGCUAGAUAUGGAUCAAGCUCUGUAUCACAGAAUGUAAAGAACUUCAUGGCCAUACAAUUUCUUAUGAUUCCACCUAUUCUCAACCCUAUUAUAUAUGGACUUAAACUGACUCAAGUUCGCAACAGUUUCUUUAAGUUUUUGUACAAAAAUAACAGGUUUAAGGAUUAG